GACCCCACCACUGUUCCCAAAGCGCUUGUGCUCAUAACUACAGCGCAGGCGCGAACCUAAAUGCAGCCUGCCAGCAGUGUGCGCGGUGACAGCUGCACUGAUGAUAUCGAUGAACGUGUCCAGCGGUAAUAACAACCCGCAUAGCACCCACAGUAAGAAGCAUAAGAAGAAAGGAAAGAAACAUCGAAAAGGAUCCGGUGACAACCUCCCCAGUUUGGAUAUUGGGUCCCAGAUUCCCACCGCAGAUGAGUUGUGUCGCAUCCUCACAAUACACAGGCCUGCGACUCCACCAAAAACCUCUCCCACCCCUGCCCUCAACCUGUCCCAGAGGCCCCCGGACCUCCAACCCCCUGCCCCACUCAACCUGUCCCAGAGGCCCCCGGACCUCCAACCCCCUGCCCCACUCAACCUGUCCCAGAGGCCCCCGGACCUCCAACCCCCUGCCCCACUCAACCUGUCCCAGAGGCCCCCGGACCGCCAACCCCCGGACCUCCAACCCCCUGCCCCACUCAACCUGUCCCAGAGGCCCCCGGACCUCCAACCCCCUGCCCAACUCAACCUCUCCCAGAGCCCUCCCCAUCUCUUAUGUCCUUCCGCUUUAACCACCAGGCCACUUCCUAUACCACUAACUCCCUCCUCUGACACUCUGUCCACCCCUGUACUGUCCACCCCCGUACUGUCCACCCCCGUACUGUCCACCCCCGUACUGUCCUCUCCCGUACUGUCCUCUCCCAUAGCACCCUCACUAGGGAUCCCUCCAAUUCUGUUCUCUACUCCACCUAAACCACUGACCUCCUCAUCUCAGACCACCUCUCCGCAGGCUCUCAGCCCACCCCCACCUGACUUCACCCCUCCACCAACAGAGCUGCUCGGAUCAGAUGAUGAGGAGCAGGAGGACCCAUCGGAUUACUGCAAAGGUGGGUACUACCCAGUGAAGAUUGGAGACUUGUUCAAUGGCCGAUAUCACGUAGUCAGAAAGCUUGGUUGGGGUCACUUCUCUACUGUAUGGCUAUGCUGGGACCUGCAGAGGAAGCGCUUUGUGGCACUGAAAGUGGUGAAGAGUGCUCUGCAUUACACAGAGACGGCGCUGGAUGAGAUUAAACUGCUCAGAUGUGUGCGAGACAGUGACCCUACAGACCCCAAACGAGAGACCAUUGUACAGCUUAUUGAUGACUUUAAGAUAUCCGGGGUCAAUGGCGUGCAUGUGUGUAUGGUGCUGGAGGUUCUGGGUCACCAGCUGCUGAAGUGGAUCAUCAAGUCCAACUACAUGGGUCUUCCUCUAGUCUGUGUGAAGAGCAUUCUCCGACAGGUUCUGCAGGGCCUGGACUACCUGCACACCAAAUGUAAGAUCAUCCACACCGACAUCAAGCCGGAGAACAUCCUGCUGGAUGUAGAUGAGGUGUACGUCAGACGGCUGGCUGCAGAGGCCACUGUGUGGCAGCAGUCAGGAGCCCCUCCUCCCUCGGGCUCCUCAGUUAGCACCGCCCCAAGGGAGAACCAGAACGGCAAGGUGACCAAGAACAAGAAGAAGAAGCUGAAGAGGAAGGCCAAGCGGCAGCAGCGUCUGCUGGAGGAGAGACUGGUGGACCUUCAGAAGAUGGAGGAUCUGGACGGGACUUCUCCACCAGACCCUUCCAACCCUCUACGCACCCCCUGCGGACAGGACGACGACGCUGGGGACCCAGAGAGGAACGCCAACAACUCCUCUGUGGUGAAGGGGAAUGAAAACGGGAACUGCUACACCCACGUCUCGUCCACGGCUAACACCAAGGCCAACCCGGAGUCUGGCUCGUUGUGGAUCGAGGAGGGUUGGAACGGCCACAACCCCAUGCGUUUCUGCAGCCCUGGCUCUGGGAUGUCGGGGAUGUCUGCUGGCUCCAUACUGUCAGCCACGUCUGAGUCAGCACUGUCUACCCUGUCAGGCUACUCCACCGGGAGAGACAGCCAACGCUCCGGACUGUCCCCCAGCAUGUUCAGCGCAGCAGAUUUCCUGGUCAAUCCCCUGGAACCACAGAAUGCUGACAAAAUACGCAUCAAGAUAGCAGACCUGGGCAAUGCCUGUUGGGUGCACAAACACUUCACAGAAGACAUCCAGACACGUCAGUACCGUGCCCUGGAGGUGUUGAUAGGGGCAGAAUACGGCACUCCAGCAGACAUCUGGAGCGUAGCCUGCAUGGCGUUUGAGUUGGCUACAGGGGACUACCUGUUUGAGCCCCACUCAGGAGAGGACUACACUAGAGAUGAAGAUCACAUUGCACACAUCAUUGAGUUAAUGGGAGCCAUUCCGCCCCCUUUUGCUCUGUCUGGGAGAUAUUCACGAGAAUACUUUGACAGGCGAGGUGAGCUGAGACACAUAGCCAACCUGAAGCCAUGGGGUCUGUUUGAGGUGCUGUUGGAGAAGUAUGAGUGGCCACUGGAGCAGGCGGCCCAGUUCAGUGACUUCCUCCUCACCAUGCUGGACGUCACACCAGAAAAGAGAGCCACUGCCGCUCAGUGUUUGCAGCACCCCUGGCUCAACUUGUAGACUACUGUCCACCACCACAACACAACUACCAUGCGUCUAACCUUUACUGUAUACCACUGAGUCCAUACUGUACCACUAAGUCCGUGUGGUUAUUCUCAGCCUAGAUGGAGAUCUUUUCUAAAUGAAACGUUGAUUAUUUAUCUAAAGUUAAUAUAAACUGACGUUACCAUUACUCUGAGCACAUAAGUAGCAGUAACCUAAAUCUACAGAUUCUUUGUAUUUAUUAAAGCAGCAUUACAGGUUCUAUAAAUGGUUGGGAUGAAUAUGAUAUCUGUAGUUUGUUUUAAAAUGGAUGAUCUACUUCUCAUUGUGCUGAGUCACAUUUGUUAAAAUAGUGCCUUGAUAUGCCAGGUGUACAAAAAAAAGUAUACAAAAAAAAUAUCCUUCACUUUGUUUUAUACAUGUCGCCAAACUGUAUGUGGAAUGCUUAUUUUGUGAACAUAAAAUGUCUUUAAACAUGACUGGAAGAAAGACCAGA